GGAACCAAGGUCUACUGAGUCCCAGUCCAGUGCUUUAUCUACUGAGCUAGAGUAAGGGAAAAGGGAUGUGUGCAUGGACCUGAAUGCCAGUGCCUCAACGUUCCCUCUCCUAUCAGGGAGACAGGAGGGGAGUGUCCCUUAGAGAAAACUCUCUUAAACUCACUAGUGAACACAGGAGGCAAAGUCCCCUUGGCUGGAUUAACAUGCACUGUGUCCUCAGCCAGUGAUAAACCGCAGAUAAUCCACAGGGGGGGCAAAACGGACCUAACUCCCGUUCAUUCAGCUCCUGCCAAGCCCGCCUGGCCCUGCAGGUGGGGACACGCCUGCCAAUCUCUCUUCCCCUUGGACAGCAGCAAGGAGCUAGAUGACGUUGCCCUUUUAAGAGCAGCCCUGUCGUGUCAGGCCUGUGACGUCAGAGAGCGCAGAGCCCUAGUCCCCGCUGCCUCUGUUAUUGCAGCCAAAGGCUGGGAUAGCAGCAGCGACAAGGGCAGCUCUGGCUGUGCGAGGGGCUUCGCGCAGUGCAGCUUCCCGGGUGCGUGCGGGGAGAGCGCUGGAGCCCCUGCCGCAGAGCCUGGCCAUGCACAGGGAUUCAGCCGCCGCCGCCGCCUCCUCCACCAGCAGGAACUUUCCUGGCGGGAGCCUAAUGGCUGCGAAGGGGGAAAUCUAAGAACAAAGUCUUCGUCUCCAGCCCAGGCGCCGGGGAGAGGGAGAUCCGGUAGCAAUGAGCCCAGGGGCUGCUUGGCACUGAUGUCUCCGUGCCUCCCCCCGGCGGGAGGACUGAGAAUCCCUCGCUUACCUUCCUGCUCCUCCCCUGGGGCACAGCCGAGCGAGUGAGCGAGGCAGGGGCGGCAGAGGGGCAGCGGCUCCCCCGGGGGUGCUUUGACACUGACUUGGAAACUUCCACGGGGCCGGGGCUCCCCGGCCCGCCGGUCGCGCCCCGCCGGCGUUCCCACGGAGAGCCCGUUUGACUGCAGGUUUGGGGGAGUGGGUGAAUUUCUAAAUUCUCCCCUGCCGGUGUCAUGGCGGUGAAAGGGGCUGCGGCAGGUACCGGAAUGUUGUUAGUAACAGCCAACGUUGGAUCCCUCUUUGAUGAUCCAGAAAAUUUACAGAAGAAUUGGCUUCGGGAAUUUUAUCAGAUUGUACAUACACACAAGCCACACUUUAUGGCUUUACAUUGUCAAGAGUUUGGUGGAAAAAACUAUGAAGCUUCCAUGUCUCAUGUGGACAAGUUUGUUAAAGAAUUGUUAUCAAGUGAUGCAAUGAAAGACUAUAACAGAGCCCGGGUUUACCUGGAUGAGAACUACAAGUCACAGGAACAUUUUACGGCUCUAGGAAGCUUUUACUUCCUUCAUGAAUCAUUGAAAAACAUCUACCAGUUUGAUUUUAAAGCCAAGAAGUAUAAAAAGGUUACUGGCAAAGAAAUCUACUCAGAUACAUUAGAAAGCACACCCAUGCUGGAAAAAGAGAAGUUUCCACAGGAUUAUUUCCCUGAGUGUAAAUGGUCCAGAAAAGGCUUCAUUCGCACAAGAUGGUGUAUUACUGAUUGUGCCUUUGACUUGGUAAACAUUCAUCUUUUCCAUGAUGCUUCCAAUUUAAUUGCUUGGGAAACAAGCCCAUCGGUUUACUCAGGAAUACGACAUAAAGCUCUUGGUUAUGUACUUGAUAGAAUUAGAGAUCAGCGGUUUGAGAAGGUUUCAUAUUUUGUGUUUGGAGAUUUCAACUUUCGACUGGAUUCCAAAUCAGUAGUAGAGACACUUUGUACAAAGGCUACAAUGCAGACUAUCAGAGCAGCUGACACCAAUGAAGUAGUCAAGCUAAUAUUCCGUGAAUCUGAUAAUGACCGAAAGGUUAUGUUACAGUUAGAAAAGAAGCUCUUUGACUAUUUUAAUCAAGAUGUUUUUAGAGACAACAAUGGCACUGCGCUUUUAGAAUUUGACAAAGAGCUGUCUGUCUUUAAAGACAAAUUGUAUGAACUGGACAUCUCAUUUCCACCCAGUUAUCCAUACAGUGAAGAUUGUAGCCAGGGAAAGCAGUACAUGAAUACUAGAUGUCCAGCUUGGUGUGAUAGAAUUCUGAUGUCACAUUCAGCCAAGGAACUGAUUCUAAAAUCAGAAAAUGAUGAGAAGAUAGUGAUUUAUGACCAUAUUGGGCCAAAUGUCUGCAUGGGGGAUCACAAGGAAAAAGAUGCCCUCGAAGUGACAAGAUCUUUCGUGAGACCACCCUGUAGCAUGGAGGAGGAAAAAAUAAGCAGUAUACUGAAAUGCAUAAUCCUAACAGCUGUAUUGAUAAAUCAAGUCUUGAGUGCCACAUUUUUAGACUGCUGAUCGUACACUAUGCUUCAGCAUUGGACUCUGUUCGGGAAAAGCCUCACAUACCUCACUGUCUUGUAUGUUCAUGUGACAUCAAGUAGAAAUGUGGAAUU